AUGGCGCUCUUGGCUUGGGCUUGUGCCAUCCUUGGGUUGGCGGUUGUGCACCUUGUGCACCUUGCGCACCCUCUUGUGCACCGCUUCCCCUCCCUGGCGAGGGCUGCAUGGUGUUGGCCCAUGAAGGAACCUCGGUGUGUGUUGCCCAAGGUCACAGGUGGGGCGUGCCUUCACGAGGGAAGGGAAGUCUUGGAGCUUCGGCCGGGGGAAAGUUGUAUUCCGAGCUGCAUGACCGGGACCCUGGCUGGAUCGUGCACAGAGCUGACAUGUCCGCCUUCGGGCCCCGAACCGACAUGCCUUGACGACCUGCAGACUGCAGCUUGGUGGAACCUAUGCAGCUAUGGUUCAGAAUGCCAAGACGUACUCGAGCUAGGCACACCCAGAUGGGAAACAUUCGGCCACUUCAGCUGCGGACCUCUAGGGCCUUCGGCCUGCGAAUCGGUGGUUGAGGGGAGCGCUGCCCCAAAGACAGAAUCCAUACUACAGAGCCUGGACACGGCCACAGUGGCCGCAUUCUGCGUAUUGGCCUUGAUUGCCAGGUUCAGCCGAUUGACGUCCGAUUGUGUUUCCUACAGCUGGGUUCGCAGCAACUUUGCGCGAGCUUGCUGUACCAAGGGUUUCCUACACUGGUCGAUGGCCAAUGCCUUCGGAGUUCUUUCCAUUGCCAUCGUCUGUUUGUGGUUGUGUCUGCUGCCUCUUGCACACCGGUCAACCGGCACCGCAGCGGGGUUGAGUACACUCUUGACAGUGGCCUGGGCCUUUUCAAGAGCAGGAGUUCACGACUAUGUCUUGAUGUCUCGGGAGAAUGCCUGGCGUAUCCAUUACAGCUGCGGGGCACUUACCAUCGUCAUCGGGAGCGUCCACGGUGCACUCAACCUGGCAGAGCAGGGGCUUCUCCGGGUUCUGUCGAGUCCACAUUGGCUCUGUGGGGUCUUGAGCCUUGUUGCCAUGGUCCUGGCUGUACUUCCAGCCACAGUGCGCACAUUGCGAUACGACCGGUUUAAGCAGAUUCAUUUCAUGGGCAUUGUCGGCUACAUGCUUGCCCUUGCACACAUGCUGGGCCACGCCCUGCACAUGCGGACGCUGGCAUCUGUCCUCAUGGCAGCGUUCAGUGCCUGUAUUUUGGUGUGGUAUGUCGCACAGAAAUGGUACGUUUAUAUGUCGUCGUGCCAGGUUGAAAUACAGCAUGCAAAGGUGACAUCCGACAGGUCUGGCGAAUACCUGUUUCUAUCACUGGCAGCAAAAGAUUUUUCAUUCAAGCCAGGGCAGUGGGGUCACCUCUUAGCAGUUCAGGUGUCUUCGGUACCUCAUCCUUUUACCUUGAUACCGGGAGAAGGGAAUGCAAACGUACAGAUCUUCAUCAGGACCCAUGGUGAAUUCACAGGCAAGUUGGCCAAAGCUUGCCAGGGUCCGGAUCUUCCGAGGUUGAAGCUGCAAGGGCCCUACGGACUGUCCCGCGUGCCCUCGUGGGGAAGAUCCGGAAUAUCCGCAACCUCCCGGACAGUCUUCGUGCUGGGUGGGAUCGGGGUCACGCCAGCAUUGUCCUUGGUUCCGGUGGCUGCCCAGAGCACUAAGGUGCCUGUAUUCUGGUCACUGCGCAGCCCUGCACUUCUGCACAGGGUGACGCCGCUCCUGGAGCCCUACGUAGACCCUGCCAAAAGCCGCAUACAACUCACGCUGUCGCCACAGGAUCCACAGGCUUGCAUGCAGGCUUGCGCCACCCUCAAGCCGGCCCACGACAAGUUGGAUGUCAGCAGUUGGCUCGUACAGCUGGGCCAGGAUUUCGCUCAAGAAGGCAUUUCUGAGGCCAUGAUUUUUGUUUGUGGCCCGCCAGCCCUCGUUGCUGCAACAAGUGCUUCGGUGCGGCAGAAUGCUGGCGGUUUUGUGUGGCACAUGCACAUGGAGCAGUUCCAUUUCCUUCCUUCGUGCCUCUGGGGAAGUUCUCCGAGUUCCCGAAGGGAAGACCCACCAAUACAGUGCCGUGAUCCACAGAUAGUUGGGGUGCAAAGUGUUAUGCCCGGUGUGCAAAUGGCACGUGGCGACCGAGGAGGUGCGAACACGACCUGCGCUGCCUUCUGCGGCCCGCGGCUCUCAUCGCUGAUGAGCUGCGGCACCUAA